AUGGCAUCUUCACUUAAUCGCAUUUUACAAGGCCGUCACAUGUCAUACAAAUUGAUUGAGGUGCUCAAGUCGCCCUCUAUUUUCAAGGCUACUGCCGUACCUCCUAAGUCACCUCAAGUACCUUCCGACAACAAGCAUGUAGUAAUCAAGGAUCUUGCCCUUGAGUGGGAGCUCCGCGCACACCAGCUUCCUGCUAUUAAACCUUCUCCCUACAUCCGUCAGACUUUGGAUGUAAUUGAAAAGCGUGAAGAUGAAGACUGGGGCCCAUCACCGCCAUCUAUCACAAAGCGCAUAGUUCUAGAAUGGAUGGAUACAGAUUUAUGGCUCGCUCGACCUUUUGACAAAAGCUUCUCUAAUCCAAGAUUGCCCCAAAUUGUUGCUCGAUCUAUUUUAGAAGCAUUGGUGGUCUUCCAAGAAAUGCAGGGGGUUCACACAGAUGUGAACCCCAACAACAUAUUUAUAUCUGACUUAUCUGACUUGGAUGUGUUUUUGCCUACUGUUAAGCUGGGUGAUUUAGACAACGCGUGGUGUCUCGCAAAGAUAUUCAGACUCGUUGGGCCUAUCGAUACACCAGGCAAUCCAGAAUACAAAGAUGACUUUGAACUGGCCGCAGGUUUGGAAACCAGUGGGUAUCUGGAUCCCAGUACAGGCGAACCGAAACCCUAUGUAAGUGUUGGCCCUCUACCGGAAGAGCUACAGACGCUGCCCAGGGAUAUCUGCUCCGACUCCUGUGUAGACUUUAUCGAGCACUUGCUUGUUAUUGAUCCGGCCAAACGUCCCACAGCUAAGGUUGCCUUACAGCAUCCCUUUCUGCAAUCAACCACGGGCUAA